UUUUUUUUUUCCCUUGGUCACGGUACAAAGUUCUCCAAGGAUAUCAGUAUCACGGCCACUUUAUCUGCCCCUCUUCAUAAUAUUCUAACAAUGUGAACUUGAAAAUCUUACACAUAGCAACUUUUAAUUUUCUUCUAGUUCCUCUCCCUUCGAAGCUUUUUCAAAGCUUCGUUGCCGACAGCUUGAUCCCCGUCGUGAUACCACGGCUGUAUAGGCCGUGGAAGUGCCAAUUGGACUUCAGGACUUAGUCGUUCACUUUUUCGACUCUUGACAAUAUGAUGUCGGUACGCGCUUUGCGAGCAGCCGUGAGGGCUGGCUCUCGUCGUGUCUCUCCCCGAGCCACUCUUCUGACUCCUGCAGUCGCCACAAGCCUCUCCCUGCGAACAUCACAAGCUGCUUAUUCUUCCGCCCGAUCGAACGACUCGACUACGCGUGCCGCCGUUAUACAGGUGCUUAACAACGUCGGAUCUAAGCGCGAGGUCAAGCAAUACCUUUCCCAUUUCUCCUCCGUCUCCUCUCAGCAAUUCGCUGUGAUCAAGGUCGGAGGUGCUAUCUUGACCGACUAUCUGGAUGAACUCUGUUCAUCGCUGGCCUUCUUAUACCAUGUCGGACUUUUCCCUAUCAUCGUCCAUGGUGCUGGCCCCCAGCUCAACAAGCUCCUCGAGGAUGCAGGUGUCGAACCCCAGUUUGAGGAGGGAAUUCGUAUUACCGACGGCAAGACCUUGGGGAUUGCGAGACGACUUUUCCUAGCGGAAAACCUGAAGCUCGUUCAGCGUCUAGAAGAGAUGGGCGUCCGCGCUCGACCCAUCACUUCGAGCGUCUUCACCGCUGAUUAUCUCAACAAGGAUAAAUGGAAGUUCGUUGGAAAAAUCACCGAAGUUAACAAGGAGCCUAUUCAAACUGCUAUAGAAAACGGCUAUCUACCUAUCCUUACUUCCAUGGCAGAGACGAGGGAGGGUCAGGUGCUGAAUGUCAAUGCCGAUGUCGCAGCGGGAGAGCUAGCUCGCGAACUCGAACCGCUCAAGGUUGUCUAUCUUAGCGAGAAGGGUGGGUUGUUUGACGGUAACGUGCAGAAGAUCUCUGCCAUCAAUCUCGAUGAGGAAUACGACCACAUCAUGUCACAGCCCUGGUGCAAGUUUGGAACCCGAUUAAAGAUACGCGAGAUUAAGGAACUUCUAGAAACUCUUCCGCGUUCGUCUAGCGUCGCUAUCAUACAUCCUGCAGACCUGCAGAAGGAGCUGUUCACAGAUUCCGGGGCCGGCACUCUAAUUCGCCGAGGGGAUAAGUUGAUGACUGCAGAGAGCGUUGCAGACUUUAGCGAUCUUGAAAAGUUAAAGGAUGUGCUUGUUCGGGAUCGCGAAGUCCGUGAUGCUAGGGCCACGGUGGAUCGUUACUUAGAGUUUUUGAGCGGACGGAAAUUCAAGGCUUAUUUUGACGAACCCAUGAAGGCUCUUGCGGUUGUCCUUGACCCUGCUCUAGACCAAUCAUAUUCGACCUUGGCCACUUUGACGAUAACUAAGUCCGGCUGGUUGACAAACGUCGCUGACAACCUCUUUGCUGCUAUUAAAAAGGAGUACCCUAGCUUAGUCUGGACUGUCAAGGCCGAUGAUGAAAAUCUUACGUGGUUCUUCGACAAGGCCGACGGAAGCAUUGUCAGAGGCAACGAUGUCAUGUUCUGGUACGGCAUCGAGCCUGGAGAGGAAUUAAACAAGCUCAUGAGAGAAUUCACCCUCCACGGCCGAGCAAUGCUUGGCGAUUCCAACCUAGAGUCGAGGCUCCACCGGGCAGCCCAGAUUGCCUCCGAGAAUCUACGAGCACACUUUGCGUCCGGCUCCGUGGCUAACCAGGCCCGAGGCUAUUCUACGCUUGCCCGUCGUUCUGUUUUAGGAGCUACAUCAAUGGGUGCCUUCUCCCGCGGAUCGCGCAGAGGCUUUGCAACAGAGACUAACCCUAAUCCACCAUACGGCAAGAAGCAUGCAUCGAAUACGCAACCCUCUAGGGUCGCGCUGAUUGGCGCUCGAGGCUACACUGGUCAGAAUCUGAUUAGUCUUAUCAACACGCAUCCUAAUUUCGAGCUUCGUCACGUGUCAUCACGAGAAUUGGCAGGACAAAAGCUAGAAGGUUAUACAAAAAAAGAAAUUAUUUAUGAGAACCUGAGCUUCGACGAAGUGUACGAAAUGGAGAAGAAAGGCAAAAUAGACGUGUGGGUGAUGGCGUUACCGAACGGUGUUUGCAAGCCGUACGUUGACGCUAUUGACAAGGCCAAGGAAUCUUCUUCUUCUAGGGAAGACAACAGCAUAAUUGUCGACCUCUCCGCUGAUUAUCGAUUCGAUAAAUCGUGGGCCUAUGGCCUUCCUGAGUUGGUUAAGCGAUCCGAAAUUGCUCAGGCCACCCAUAUUUCGAACCCUGGUUGCUACGCUACAGCAGCCCAACUUGGUAUUGCUCCCCUCGUGGAGUUUCUCGGCGGCCAGCCCACCGUCUUUGGAGUUUCUGGAUAUUCAGGGGCAGGCACGAAACCUUCUUCGAAAAACAACGUGGAGCUCCUAACCAACAACAUCAUUGCUUACAGCUUGACCGACCAUGUUCACGAGAAGGAGAUUAGCAGUCAGCUCGGUGUUGAGGUAGGGUUCAUCCCACACGUCGCAGUGUGGUUUCAGGGCAUCCACCACACAAUUAACAUUCCCUUAAAUAAGACAAUGACUUCACGAGAUAUCAGACAAAUGUACCAAGAUAGGUACGCGGGAGAGAAGCUGGUCAAAGUAGUAGGAGAGGCGCCAUCAGUAAAGGCCAUCAGCGGGAAGCACGGCGUUGAAAUAGGCGGAUUCGCGGUUCACAGUUCUGGGAAGCGAGCAGUCAUCUGCGUGACGAUCGAUAAUCUUCUCAAGGGAGCCGCAACACAAUGUUUGCAAAAUAUGAACUUGGCUCGCGGGUAUGCGGAGUUUGAAGGUAUACCUCCAAUGGAAUAGAAGGGGUUUUUUUGCUGGAAGCGGGCUCUCGGGAUUGAACGCUUGGCGAUGUAAAACUUGUAUAUACUGAAGCCGUGCGAAGCGUUAAAAAUGUUUAUAACCGUGGUGCGAACCUAAAUGAUUAAGGGAUGUUUCCCUAGUAGAAUCGGUAUGCUCUAUCGUUGAUGUUUCUAAUUGGUGUUUAUUGAGACUUGAAGUCUAAAAUCAGAUGAUCAAGUCAGGAAACCCUUGAACUCGGCUUCUGUAAAUAGCAAACGGCAGGGUCCGUUAGAAGACGCCGUUUGAAAGGCCUCGGAAAAAGAAAAGGGGGGCCAGACACCGAAUAAACCAAUUGCCUAACCGGGUACAUUAGGUACCUACCUAGGUAGGUACAUGUAGCUUAGCAUGCUUAGCGUAGGUAGUG